AUGGCAAGCCAGAAGCUUGAGGUUAAGAGAAUCUUGAGCGAGUCAAGAAGAAAUCCUGUCAAGUCCAUCAAGAGCCCUGAUGGUGAUAUAAUUGAUUGCAUCCAUAUCGCUCACCAACCAGCAUUUGACCACCUUUUGCUCAAAAAUCAUACCAUUCAGAUGGCGCCGAAUUAUCACCCUGAAAUACUACUUGAUAAGAGUAAAAUGUCCAACUUCGAACUCCAAAGGAAGCAUCAUACAAGACCUAUUGCUCAGCUAUGGCAGUUGAAUGGAAAGUGCCCCAAGGGAACCAUUCCUAUUAGAAGAACCAAGAAAGAUGACUUCUUAAGAGCUCGUUCUAUCCUGAGACUUCCGACUGGGAGGCUACCUAGGUUCAGGUUUAGAUGGCGACCUCGGACGGCACCUGUCAAAAAUUCAGCUACUUAUGAGUAUGCAUAUGCAUUUGUUCAAAGUAAAGAGUAUCUUGGAACCAAGGCAACUAUAAAUCUAUGGCAACCCCAAAUUGAUGAUGAAGACCAAGGUGGAUCUAGCUUGUCCGGAGUUGGGGUUGUAGGAGGUCCUUCAACCAGAGAACUGAACUCCAUUGAGGCCGGAUGGAUUGUCAACCCAGAACGGUUUGGAGAUAAUAGAACAAGACUUUACACCUACUGGACUAGUGACGGUUACCAAUCCACCGGGUGUUACAACUUGUUCUGCUCGGGUUUUGUCCAAACCAGCAAUGAAAUUGCACUAGGGGCAAGCUUAUCCCCAACCUCAGUCUACAAUGGCUCGCAAUACAAUAUCAGCAUCCUUAUUUGGAAGGAUCCAGACCAGACAGUGUGGUGGCUGCAGUAUCAGAACAAGACAAUUGGUUACUGGCCUACCUCUUUGUUCAAAUACCUUGUGCACAAUGCUUCAGCCAUCAUUUGGGGUGGAGUCGUAAGCAAUGGAAAAGGAGAUGGUCUAAACAGUACAACCCAGAUGGGCAGUGGCCAUUUUCCAGAAGAAGGGUAUCAAAGGGCAAGUUACUUCAGGAAUCUUCAAAUACUCAAUGGCUCAAACACCUUACUACCUCCUGAUAUGAUUACAACCGUCUCCAAUCAGCCAAAUUGCUAUGGCAUAUUAUUGGGAAAUAAUACUGACUGGGGAGACUACUUUUACUACGGUGGACCGGGGAAAAAUCCUAAAUGUCCAUGA